AUGUUUGAACAAUAAUUUUUGGAACAGCGUAAAUCCAAACAAGAACAAGUAGUCAAUACGAAAUCUCGACACCUAAUUGUUAUGAAUCAGUUAAAGAAGAAAGUAUUCACUAUAUUUGAUGAUCCGCUUAGGAAGAAAAUUGGAAUAAUAGAUUUUAUGUUUAAAAUUAAAAUAAAAAUGAAUCCGUGGAAAAAUAGAAGCCAAAGUAGAUCCACAACACAUCAAAAUUAAUAGAAAUUCAAGAUUAUUACAAUAUCCCUGAGUUUCAUAGGUAAAAUCAAUUGACAUGUUAUUUAGAUAGUUGUUUUUGAUGUGUCUGCAAACACUACCAAAAAAUAAUUAAGCAAUUCAAUUUGAAAUAGAAGAAAUGUAACAAAAGAAAUCUCAUAUCUAAGUAUUGCAUAUUGAAUAAAUAAGCUUUGUAUGCAAGCAGUUGAAGCCCGGGAAAAGUGCUUAGCCUUCUUGAUUAAUCACAUCCACUAAAUUUAGGACAAUCCUGGAGAUGAGCAACUACUCCAAAAGAGCGCAGAAUUAAUAACACAUCUGAGGAUCCUCUCAAUCAAUGUAGUAGAACAAAUCCUUGGUUGGAGACAAUACCUAAUGAAAUUCCUGGUUAACAUCCAUUCACAUGAGAGCAUUUCACUUCCCUAUCUAUACCUACGAGAAAACUAUUUGAUUAAGGUUUCAAUAACAUAUCAUUCAUUUCUAGAUGAGGAAGGACAUUCAAUACAUAACCAAUUCAAUUCUAUCAAACUAUUAUCAAUUUUCAAUCAAACCAGAUCCUUUCUUUGUUGCUAUAACCAAACCAGCUGAAGAUCCCAACAAGAUUGUCCAGUUCAUUUCUAAACCUCUCUUAAAAAGAAUUAAAAAUUGUGAAAUUAUUAUACAAGACGAAGCUACGUCAAUUUGCAGAGAUGAUAGAUCUAUUCACAAUCAGGCGAACUCAAAAGACAAAAUUCAAAUGAGUCCAGAAAAAGCUAUUCAACCAGGACGCAUCAGACCUCCUAAGAGAUAAGAAUAAAGUUAAAAUCAGAAAGUAAAUUAAUGUAGUAAUAUAGCGAAUAAUAUAUAAGCAACACGAUCCAAAUGAAAUCAAUAAUCAGCAAUAAAAUUCAGUCCCUAAAAAUAUUCCCCUAAGAUAAAUUAACAAAUAAGGAAGUGCUACACCUUAGAAAUAAAACUCAGUCAAAGUUACACCGCAUGAAUCUAAUCAUAAGUAAUAAGCAUAAUAGAGUCCUCCUCAAUCUGACUAAAAGCAAUCUUCUUCAACUCAUGCUGCUGUGCCCACUGUUGAACAACAACAAUAUGCAAUUACAGAAGAUGAUGACACAUUUAAAGUAAAGAUGUGUCAACUCAGUGAUCAAAAGGUUAUUGAUCAUUUAUAUAACAUUAAUGAAGAUUUCAAAAAGUCAUGGAGAGGAGAACUUUAAUUAAUGCAAAAUCAAUAUGAUCAAUAAGAUGAUAGCUUUUGUUUAGGAAUAUAUUUAAGGGAUUAAUUGUUGGCUUUGGGAUAGUGCUAUUUAGAUUAGUCUCUUUAAGAGAGAAAAUUGAUAUUAAGUCACUUUUCUACAGCGGAUCCAUUGCAAUUUCAAGAAUUGCUUAAAGUCAUUCUUCAAUUCAUUUGGGAAAUCGAUCCCUGCUUAGAAAUUAGAAUGUCUUUGUACCAUUACAAUCAGAACGACUCAUUCUAAGCCAAUAAGGAAAUUACAACUAAAUUGAAAGAAUUAGGAUUCAAAUGGAAAGUCGUACAAAGUGUUAAUUCAGAAACAAGAUUCACAGUUAUGGGUAAAAUAUUAAGUUAUCUUAGCCAUUAGAAGACCUACUGAUCUAGGCCAGCCUAAAUAGUUUGAUCCAAUAUUUUUAUAACAUCUUUACCUUACUUGCGAUAACAAUACAAUAAUAAACACGGAUGCAUUUACUUCAUUGUACUGUCUGACAACUCUGAAUACUAAAGUAGAUUUAGAUGAUGAAAUCAUUAAUUAGCACAAAGAUAAUCUUAUAAGCUCAGUAUUAUAGUCUUAUUAAUAUAUCAGGAAUUUGGAUUUAGGGGAAUUAAAUUACAAGAACAUACCAGCGAUGAGUUCCUUGCUUACACUAAACAAUAUUUUGAGAGCUUUGAUUAACUUAAUCCGUUCGGUUCUGAAGUUUCUCUUUCAUCAAAUAAAGUGAUUAGCAGUUUUUGCAAAGAAUGCUAUAGAUGGGCAAAGUGUAAAUUAGCCCAGCAUCAAAGACUUCUUUAUAAUGGAUUUCAUGUUGCUUAAAAUGCUGAUCAUGCAAAGGUUUUUAUGUCUGAUUCAGGCAACAUAAAAGUUUAUUUAAUAUCUACUGAUUAAAGUAGUACAAGCAUUUUUGUAUUUGAGUGUAAAUUAUGAAAUCUAUUAUAGAUAAUGAUGAAAUCUCAUUGUAAAAGGUCUAAUCUAUUCUUAAUUAAUGUGGAGCAUAAGUGCCAAUUGAUUAAAAUCUUUAUAUUCCCUAAUUCAUCGUUAAUAGUAAGGUUAGGUUUUCAGAACAUGUAAUUGGAUUAGGGAGGUUUAGUACAGCUUAUAGACCUAAGAUGGUUGACAUCUAAAAUGCUUAAGGUUACAUAAUCAAACCUCCAUUUAUUUUUGGUAAUCAAUAGUAAAUAACAUGUUUUAGGCAUGAUAAAUGAAGAUUUUAAUGAGAUUACCGGAAUGCCCAACUUGUUUUUUAAAGUUUAGGAUACUCACUGUAUCUAACUAUGA